CGAGGCUGGAUUGUAUUGAUUGGCGUUUUCUCUGAUAGAAUAAAUACAGUCUUAAUUUUAUUUCAGGUAAAUCAGAAUGAUUCAGGAAUGACAACCGUGAUCGCUAAUAUGUUACCUGUGAAAAUAUGAGCACAACAUCGGAAUGAAAUAUCAACAAACUGGCACGCUGGCUCUAAAAUGGGCUAAAUGAAUGAAGUGUCUGUUUCUAAUCGAAGUCUCAAUGUUUUUGUUUAUAAUGGAGAUACGAAUAUAGUAAUGGACGUCCAAAUACACAUGGUAUAAUAGGUCUUGAAUAUAAGAUGAGACGUAUAUUUUAGAACAAUGCGAUGGCAGGUAGUUGGCAAGUCAACAUUUACUAUUCCUUACUAGUAUGAAAGGAACAGAACAGAAUCUAACUGUUGCUGUUAGGAUCAGACCUCACAAUGACCAGGAGAAGCUUCUGGGUGCAGGCACCAUUGCAUAUGAGGUUGAAAAUAAUAUGGUUGUGCUGCUAGACCCUACUGAGGAUCCUGAUGAUAUACUCAGAGCAAACAGAACCAGGGAGAAGAGAUAUGUCUUCGAUUAUGCAUUUGGUCCAAAUACGACACAGGCUGAAGUUUAUGAGAAGACUACCAAAGGCCUCAUAGAGAAUGUCAUCAAUGGAUACAAUGCCACGGUGUUUGCUUAUGGUGCUACAGGAGCAGGCAAGACGUACACCAUGCUUGGACGUGAUGACAAUAUUGGCAUUAUGGCCCUGGCCCUCAAUGAUCUCUUCCUGGAGAUGGAGAGAACCAAGAACCACAUGGUUUAUAAAGUGAAGAUGUCUUAUUUAGAGAUUUACAAUGAGAUGAUACGUGACCUACUGGAUCCAUCGCUGGGAUAUUUGGAGUUGAGAGAAGAUGCCAAAGGUGUCCAGAUUGCCAAUCUCUCUGAAGUGGAGGCCUCAACUACAGAAGAGGUGAUGGAGAAGUUAACACAGGGCAAUGCAGAGAGAACUCAAGAGCCCACAGCUGCCAACAAAACAUCAUCACGCUCCCACGCAAUACUCCAAGUAACUGUGAGACAAACACACAGACUCCCUGGGAACAAGAAAAACAUACGCUGUGGAAAGCUCUUCCUGAUCGACCUGGCGGGAUCUGAGAGGGCCUCCAAUACACACAAUAGAGGGAAGAGAAUGGUAGAGGGAGCACAUAUCAAUCGCUCUCUAUUGGCGCUGGGGAACUGUAUAAAUGCACUCUGUGAUAAAAAUGGCAGUCGGUAUGUGAACUACCGUGACAGCAAACUGACCAGACUUCUUAAAGACUCAUUAGGCGGUAACUGUAAGACAGUGAUGAUAGCACAUACAUCUCCAGCCAGCUUACACUUUGAAGAAUCAAGAAAUACACUAUUGUAUGCAGAUCGUGCUAAGCAUAUAAAGACAAAAGUGAACUUGAAUAAUAAACGGGUAUCUUAUCAUGUAUCGCAGUAUAAUUUGAUCAUUACCGAAUUGCGGAAUGAAGUGGUGAAAUUGAAAAUGAGACUAGCGGAACAGGAGGACACAAAUGAUCAUGAUCAAGCCAAAGGUCCUGUGACUGCUAAUAUCCAAAUGGUGCAAUCGGAGGUGCUAAGAUCAACGAGAUCUGCUGACCGCAAGGAGCUGGACAAACUUAAAGCAGACAUUGUGACUGCUUUUAAAGACCAGAUGAACUUGAGGACUUGUCUCAUGGAUAUCAAUAUAGAGAUAUUAGGGGUUGUCAUGGAGAUGGAAGAUAAACAAGAGCUCAUAAAAGGAUGGGAGGCAGAAAAGAUGAAGUACCAAAGGAGGCAAGAAUCUGACUCUGAUUCUGACCGUCUCAAGGACAAUGUUAGUAUGAUCAGUGUAGAAGACAUAGAUGAGCCCCAGCAGAUCAAGAAUGCUCUAUUGAGUGUGGGACGUCUGAUGGCAGAGAAGCAGCGACUGGAAGAUGCCAAAGAUCAAGUUGAGCUGCAUCUGGCUGAGAAGAAGCAAAAAGUUGCUGCAUUAGAGGAGCGACUUCCUAGUGUCGCAGGCACAGACGACCAACAAGAAGUUCUCUCGCUGCUCUGUAGGGUCCAUGAACUGGAGAUUAACAAUACAGAGAUGCAGACAAAGCUACUGCUGAGCAACCAUGAAUUGAACAAGAGAGAUAAGUUACUAAGAAGGCACCAAGAGAGAAAGAGUCUUCAUGAUGACAUCAUACAGAUGCAAAGGACUCUCAUUCAUGAUAACAAUAUUCAGGUUUCUGAGGAAUUGGAGAGAUUAUACGAACAUUAUGAUCUCGACCCAUUUAUUGAGAGCACAGAGCUGCCACCUAUUAACUCCCGGGUUCCAUCCAUGCAGAACCUACAAAUGUACAGACAAAACACAUCUUUGUCUGCCCUUACAUACUUUGAUAUGGACCAGUUACAAGACAAACUCAACAGGGUUCAAGAAGAGAAGGAACAGGAUGACAUUAAUGAGGAGAGAAAUAGAGGCAAAAGAAAGUUCCCUGCGAGGAGGGUAUCUGAUAGUAUUGCUGAGUUAGAGAAAGAUAAUCGUUAUGAGGACACUGACAAGCUCUUCCUUCCUGGCCAGAAAAAUCGUCAGUUUCACUCAUUAGUCACCAUGAAUAAUCAUGAUGACAGUAGUUCCAACCCUCGUAGCGCCAGAAUGAGUCUAAAUAGCGUGAAUCUCCAUGGCAACAACCAAUCAAAUACAGACCUGAAAGUGUCAAAAUCAGACAGCCAAGCAAACCCACCUAUUGCCAUGACACAGUCAAAACAUUCAUUAAAAUCAUCGAGCGAUGAAGAAAAAGUUAUUACCCAUAAGACUCGGAAUAUAGUUGCAUUAGCUGCGAUACGUCGCACAAAGGCACAGAUUGAUAUGGUGAACAUGGACCGAUUGAAUACCCCUGUGCAAACAUUAGAAACUAAUGAGUCAUACUUAAGCCCGAGUGCCCUAGCCAGACAUAAUAAUCGCUAUGGCAACUCUGUUUCUAGUAUGAGACUUAAUGAUGCUGAAGUGGCAUCUGUAACAACAGGUCACAGUGUUGAACAGGGCCAAUCAAAUCCCAGACUUCACAAGGGUAACAUGUACACAAGACAGGGUAUGCGGAAACAGGAUAAAAACAAUAAUAUUGAUACAAGAAAUCAAAAAGGGCAACAGGAUCCCCCUUCACGCAUUGCACAACGGAAAUUAAAUGGUCCUAAUGGACAGAGCAAAAGCAGUAAUUCUCUUUAUAAAACUCAACGCAGACGGAACCAGAAGGAUUAUGGGAUACGUAAAUCAACAAUGAAGUUUCCCGUAUCGCAUGGUGCAGACCGAGACCUUAUUGAAAUGGAAAGUGCAAUAACACCACCCAUUACAAUUCACCAGAAUAAUUCAGAUAGAGGACAGGGCAUGACUAUCAGAAAACAAAUUAGAGGGCCCCUGGGGACUAGUUCUGAUUCAUCCAACUCCAGCACCCCCCAGAACCAGGCAGGCAGUAGGGCAAGGAAACCACCCCCAACGAUACCUAACUACAGAAAAGGGAACAUUGCAAUUAUGGGAUUUAGCCUUCAACACUGACAAAUUCAAAUGAACAAGAGUUGAAUUCCAUGUUGAAAAGGAUGGAAUCACUGUAUAAUGAUUUUAUAUAAUUACAAAAAAUAAUUAUUAUUAUUAUAUCAUUUAUUUAAAGAGGAAUGCCCAGUGCUUAUUGUGGGCCCCUCUUACAAAAGUUAUGGAUUACAUGACAUCUCAUUUUUGUGAGGUAACAUUCUAAUGGGAUUGUUUGCAAGAAAAGUGGGUGAAUUCUCCCUUGACAAUAUUUUAGUGAGUCUUGCAAUAAAGCUAUUAAUACAAGUAUGUGUGAAAAUAUGAAAUUUUUUUUAGAUUAUGUCACAUUUGCUCAUUUAAAAACAUAUUGUUCAUUUUAACUUAAUCAUUUUUUCAUAUUAUCAAUGCUUAGAAUGUUGCAGACAUUUUCAAAGAUGGCAGCACAAUAAAUGAAAAUGACUUUCAAUAAUCAAUUUUGAUCAUACCAAAAUAUUU